AAUCGCUUCCUUUUCUCUAUGGAAAUAUAUUUCAUCCGCUGCAGAAAUUAUCUUGUUUCACCUUUUGCCGAGCGACUAUAAAUUAGACUUUUCAUGCAGAAUCACAUGUUCGCCAAAAAUGUCUCAAAAUAUCAGAGAUAUUUCACUCCCAGAUCUUAUUUGCAUAGAAUGAGUGGAUAUUUUCCGCCAGCGUUCAACGUCCUUGGAAGAUUUCGGAUAUCUGGAAUGUCAUACUAUGCUCACGGCACUCCAACGUACACAUGUCCUCCAUGGCCACUGCGCUUUUGGUAACCAGCUUUCUCUUCACACUGAGCAGCACAGAACUUCAACCCCACCGGACUGUAGUGGAUCUUCAUCGCCUGAAAUCUUCUGCUCGAGAACAUCCACUGGAUCCCAAUAAACCCAACAUUACCAUAGGUUUCCUUUGCUCCUUCAAGUAUUUGGGGAAUCUGAUAGCUGGAGCUAUUCCCUUAGCGGUAGAGAUGGUCAAUGAAAAUCCAUUAUUACUACCCGAUCACAACCUAAGGUUUAUGUAUCUCGAUUCUGGAGAACCGAACACUGCGGUCACAAUAAGAAAGAUGACUCAGAUGAAGGACGAUGGAGUUACAGCUUUUAUUGGUCCAGAUCACAGCUGCGUGUCAGAGGCUCUCGUCGCCGCUGCGUGGGAUAUACCAAUGAUCACAUAC